CAUCCCAAGGGAAACCUCUGCCCAUUUGAGACAACUCCUCUUAGGGCUGUUGCAACGAAAUUACAAAGACCGAAUGGAUUUUGAUGAAUUUUUCCACCACCCCUUCCUGGAUGCCAGUACUUCUAUGAAAAAAUCUGCUUCUGUGCCAAUGCCUUCUUACCCAAGCUUGGGCUCCGGAAGCUCUUCUAGCAGUUCCUCCACUUCUCACUUAGCAUCACCUCCUUCGCUUGGUGAGAUGCCCCAUCUCCAGGAGAAGACCCCAGCCUCCCCACAGCCAGGCUCCCCAGCUUUCCUCCACCGGUCAAAGGAAUCGGCGGAAAGCAGCAGCAAAAAUUCAUCCUGCGACACCGAUGACUUUGUGAUGGUGCCAGCCCAGUUUACAAGUAAGAGGAGUUUGAUGCUAAAGCUGGGGGGAACUUGGGUGGAACACGGGUGGUAGAGAAAUGGUGCAUUUUGGAACAUCGGUGUUCUCACCUAGGCU